AUGUCUCGUGCAGAGUCGGCUGCUGGUCCCGACCGUUACGCUAACCCCUCACCAGACAAAGCUUGGGGUGCUGCCUUCACAUUAUCAUGGGUGAGGAUCUCGCCCCAGAACCAGCGGGUGCAACACGCGAUGCAGGGCCCAGUUAUAAUAAGCCUAUUAUGCUUGCUGCCAUCCGACGACGGUUUGACCUCCAUUGGCCAGCAGUGCCACAAGCCUCCCGAUUAUUUCCAGCCUUCCAGGACUCCAGGGGAGUGGACUGUCCCCGCCGAUUCCAGCAAUAGUUUAUGCAACUAUGUCCAUCUCGGCCCGGUUGGACUCCACCACCUGUCAGUCGCUAGGGGCUCGCUACCAGCAACCAGCUUGACUGAUCAACAGUCAAAACGACAUGACAGGACUGAUCGAUCCAGAGGUUGCCAUGGCGCCACUUGCGCUCGCAGUGAUUUCCCAGCUAAGCGAGGCCGUCGAGGCCCAGUCGUCGACUCGGAAAAUGUCUGCGCGCUCCUGGGGCCAUAUCCCAAUCAGACAGCAUCCCCGCGACGGCACCGAUCAAAUUUCCUGAUCAAUCUCAACACGAGAUUAGGCUCUUCGGCCCACGUCACGGGCGACGGGUGGGAGGAGGAAGAGACAAGCCGUCCGUCUUCAAUUCGUCUGACGAAUUCUGAAGGACCUAAACUUCUGACAGGUCAACCGGUUGCGAGUCAAGAUUCGGACAUGCCCGUCCACACAAUUCACCAUUCACCAACGUUCCCAGCCCUUGAGUAUACUUAAAAUCGACUCCUCACAACCCUAUUCCUGCCAGUGACAACAGUCAAACUCAUGAACAGGCUGACGACCUCGACCGGAACACCCUUUGCGGUUCUUGAUUCGCGAACCCGUAAAC